AUGGAUGAUCUAAGUUCACUAAGCGGCUCCACAUCCGAGACCAAGUUAUCCAAACGCCAUAAAAGUGUGGUGCAAAAGUUGCAGAUAUUAGGUCUUCAAGUCAACGAUGAUGGUGGUUGGUAUGGUGAUUUGCUACAGACAGCAUCAUAUACAGGCCAUGAAUGGGCCGUGCAGAUGCUACUAAACCAAGGAGCAAACGUCAACGCCCAGGGAGGAGUCUACGGAAAUGCACUCCAGGCCGCCGUAUCUGAGCACCAUGAACAGAUUGUGCAGGUACUAUUAGAUAAAGGUGCCGACAUCAACGCUCAAGGUGGAAGAUUUGGAAGUCCACCCCAGGCCGCAUCAGCUAGAAACGAUGAGAAACUAGGUGGAGAUGGAUAUGGCAAUGCUCUCCAGGCCGCUUCCUUCUGGGGUAAUGGGGAGGUGGCACAAAUAUUACUCGACCACGGGGCUGAUGUCAAUGCGCUUUAUGGACACUAUGGUACUGCAUUACAGGCCGCAUCAUUUCAAGGCCAUAAAAAGGUCGUGCGAAUACUGUUGGCUCAUGGUGCUAAUGUUAACGUCCAAGGUGGAUACUUUGGUAAUGCAUUACGGGCCGCAUUAUCAGGAGAAUAUAAUGAUGUAGCGCAGAUGCUACAGGAUCAUGGUGGCCUUCUGGUUUGA